AUGAGCUCCCACACUCUGUGCCUCGGGACCUCCCCUGAAGAGCAGCCUGAGUGCCUCCAGCUCCCGCCAGCUUCUCCCGAGCGCCUCCAGCUCCCGCCAGCUUCUCCCGAGCGCCUCCAGCUCCCGCCAGCUUCUCCCGAGCGCCUCCAGCUCCCGCCAGCUUCUCCCGAGCGCCUCCAGCUCCCGCCAGCUUCUCCCGAGCACCUCCAGCUCCCGCCAGCUUCUCCCGAGUGCCUUCAGCUCCAAGCAGCCUCCUCCCGAGUGCCUCCAGCUCCCGCCAGCUUCUCCCGAGCGCCUCCAGCUCCCGCCAGCUUCUCCCGAGCACCUCCAGCUCCCGCCAGCUUCUCCCGAGCACCUCCAGCUCCCGCCAGCUUCUCCCGAGUGCCUCCAGCUCCCGCCAGCUUCUCCCGAGUGCCUCCAGCUCCCGCCAGCUUCUCCCGAGUGCCUCCAGCUCCCGCCAGCUUCUCCCGAGUGCCUCCAGCUCCCGCCAGCUUCUCCCGAGUGCCUCCAGCUCCCGCCAGCUUCUCCCGAGUGCCUCCAGCUCCCGCCAGCUUCUCCCGAGUGCCUCCAGCUCCCGCCAGCUUCUCCCGAGUGCCUCCAGCUCCCGCCAGCUUCUCCUGA